UUUACUAGUACGACGACGUGAUAACGUUUUACUUACUAUAUUCAUUGCCGCAAUGAAAUUGUUGUGUGGAUUAGUAUCCGAGUAAAAAUUAGCUAUCAAGAUGUCAACUCAAGGAAUAGCUCAACGUAAGUGGAAUGACAGUAAUAGAAUUUAAGAUGGUCGAUAAGACUAUGCAAAUAUCCCGAACAACAGCGGCACCAGAAAUCACCCCAACAAGCCAUGAAACCAUGGAAACAGUUGAACAAUUGGUCGCCAUCACUCAACCAUCAACAAAUCAAGAUAAUGGAAAACCAAGUGAUUUUAUAAAACCAAGAAUAAGGAAAGAAAAACAUAAACCAAAGUUUAUUCAUGGAAAUUAUAAUAGGUAUUAUGGAUAUAGAAAUAAACCCGAGUCGGGAGAAGAAGACAUUCGUCUGCUGAGUUUCAAAAGAGAGUGGUUUAAUGCGAAGGAUGUUCUUGAUAUUGGUUGCAAUGUUGGCCAUGUAACAAUGACGAUUGCUAAACAAUUUCUUCCUACGCGAAUGGUUGGUUUGGACAUUGAUAGUAAUUUAAUAUCAACAGCCAGAAAAAAUAUCAAAUAUUAUAUCGAUGUCAAAAAAGAAAAUUAUAUAGAUGUAUCAGAAAAUGAAAACAUGGUAGGCCUAAGUGUACCUUGCUCUGCUAAUGUGGUGGCAUCACCCAUCAAUAGUGGUGUGUUGAGUGAUACCUGUAUCUCAUUCCCUGAAAACUUAUCUUUUAAACAGGGAAACUAUGUCUUAAAUAACAGCAAACAGUUAAGCCUAGUGCAAGAGGAGUAUGAUACUAUACUUGCUCUAAGUGUGACAAAGUGGAUACAUCUUAACAAUGGUGAUACCGGUAUCAAAAUGUUUUUUCAGAGAAUAUUCCGACAUCUGCGGCCAGGGGGUCGACUGAUAUUGGAACCACAGCCAUGGACAUCUUACAAAAAAAGGAAAAACCUGACAUUAACCAUUCAGAAUAAUUUUCAAAACAUUGAACUCAAGCCUGAACAUUUUCAAAAGUACCUUUUAGAUGUGGUUGGUUUCUCGAAGUGUGAGCUCAUCGAUGUUGUGCACCAUAAAUCGAAAGGUUUUCGAAGGCCUAUCCAAAUGUACACAAAAUGUUAAUUUGCAGGAUUAACUAUUUAAAUAUAUGACAAAAUGAUAUGAAAAUAAGAAUUUUAUUCUAUAUCGAAUGAAUAUAUUUAUUAUUAACUUAAAGAGAGUGUUUUUGGAGAGUGGGAUAACCAAAGUGUUUGUUGAGUAAUUAUUUUGUGCAUCCGAGCUUGGAUCCUGUACUCUUGGUUGUUGAAGCAUUGUGGAGUGUUCAAAACCUUGGUGUGUUAUUUUCUGAUCAUCUUUUUUUGCAUUAAAAUCAGGAACUUUAUUUUAGUGAUACUAAAUGCCAUAUUUUUACUUGUGAUUAAUGUUCGUUUUCAUUAUGUGAUUGUGGUUCUCCCUUGUCAGUGAUGCAGGACGGAGGGCCUGACAAGGACAACUGUCUAGUCGUUCGGAUGGGACGAAAAACUGAGGUCCCGUGUACACAUUGACAUGCACGUAAAAGAUCCCUUGACAGUUGGAAUUCGAUAUAAGUGUGGGCCGUAGUGCCGCUUUCUGGGUAAAUUUCCCUCAUAGCACACUGUAUGGCGUAUGCCCGUCUUCCUUAGCCCAGUUCAGAGCAAAACAGUAGGACGUUAAACACCAUUUCAAUUCAUUUCAUUAUGUGAUUUCAUGACAUAUGUCAAAUGUAGACUAUGUUAAAAUUUGUUUUGUACUUUAAAACUACUUUUUCA